CGCCUCGGCUCACCAUGAACGUAUUGCCUCGAAAACUUGGGGAUUUUUGUCUUUUUUUUUUUUUUUUUUUUGCCCAUGAACAACUUUGCGGUUUUUAUGUGCCUUUUCUACUUUUACCCUCUUCCUUAUUGUCAACUUUGUUUGCAGACAUUAUUAAUUCAACAAAUAUUGAUAACUGCACAUUAUCAUUUGUCAGUGGUAGCAGAGCUUGGUGAAAGUAGAUUUCGCCUUGAAGUUGAGGCCCAUCGGCUGUGCGAUUCUGGUCUAAAUUACUUCAUCUUGCAGAGGUUCCGUUUGUGUUUGUUUUGGAUCCUUCAGCAAUCACAGAAUUCACCAGUCUCUAGGAUCCAGAAGUGUUGACAAGUACUGUUCUCCACCAGAACCCAGAAAACUGCCAGGCUUGGAAAUCAAAGCUGUCAUCAUUAUGUACUCCGUCCAGAUCUAUUUCUCACCUCACAUAUCUCAGCCCCAGUCUGGUUUCAUGUGCAUGCCCAAGCACUCUUGAUGUGGACCUCAAUUAAAUCUGCCUUGUUUCCUUGGGAUCAGUCACUGUAGCACCAUCUUCAUGGAACACUAAACACUGUCAUCUCUUUUUGAGAGUCCACCCUGAUUUCUUUACUAAUCCUAGUGCACGACUGGUUCCUACUUUUUUAACUUCACUUUGUUCUCUUCUUGCUGGUUCUGGGUGAUUGUUUAUAAAAAGUUCUGAAUGUUCUUUGGAUUGAUUCUUUUAAACCCAGUGCCCUGUCCCCUCUCCACUCUCCUCCCCCACUACUACUGCUCACCAUCCUAAUGCUGAGACCAGCUCUUCAGAACUCAGAUGGCAAACACCAGGGACUACUGGUCCAGACGUAUAAAUAGCAGCUUCUCCUACCCAAUAGAGUUCAUGCUCAUGUAAAGCACUUUACAUGUCUAUACCCAGAAUAGUAUCCGACCCAAAGUCAAGUCUCUACAAGUGUUUCUUACAUUAUUCCAAAAUUAAGGAAACGAAGCAGACAUUCUCUCUUGUACAAGAAUAUCUUUGGAAUAAAAAAUUAAGACAAGUCACAAAUGGAUUAGGUUGCUGAUGACUAGUAUCCAUUUUUUAUUGUCCUGUAUCCCUGAAACAUCCCUGCAGUAUGCUUGGAUACCCUUUGAUUUCUCCUUUGCCAAGAACCCUCUCCAGGCCAGGUCCUGAAGCAGGAAGAGGACUCAUGCACUUUCACAGCCAUAGCAAGAAGACUAUACAUAGUUAAAUACACACCAUACACAUGAAGUUGAAUUACUUCUUGUGGAUCCAUAAAGUGAGACCCACAUCUUACUCCUUUGGCAUUAUCCAUGUCCCAUAAACCCUAGUCUGGGACUUCAUUACUAAUAAUUCCAAGAAGGCUUUCCAGCAGAGCAACAUUAUGUACUUUGAGUUGGACCUCAUGGACUCCUACACAAUCUCUGUCCUCAGCAGCUGUCAGAUGAUGCCAAGCAAGAACCUCUAAGAUGUGCUUGCCAGGGACAUCUACUUCUGCCUCAAGUGCCACUUGGAGUAUGUCAAGCUCAGGAUGCCCUUGUGGAUAUCAGACCAAUGAGGCAAGGGGCUGUAUGUAGAGUACCUCUUCACUGCCAUUGUGGGGAACCAGGAACACAAGAGGCUCAUGAUUGAAAUGGACAUUAAGUCCUGGAGGUUACCUGUCCUAGACCUGUACCUUGCCAAGGAGGCAGAGUGGCUGAGGAAACAGACUGGGGCAGUGGAAGAGGUGGAAGAGCAGUGCCAUCCAUUGUAUGGGCUGAACCUUUCCCAGGUUAUAUUUGCUUUGGACCAGACCCUCCUGCAGCAGAAGAGCCUGUGAGCAGGCAGCCUAGGACAGGCCUUUUGCUGUCGACCAUCAAGUGGAGCCAAGUGACUUGUCAGAUCUCAGAUGACCUAUAUCGUGAACCAUCUCAUUAUACUCUAUAACUGUGGCGACCUCAGCUCUGUCAUCUUCAGCCAUAGCAGCUCCCAGGACAGGCCUUUUGCUGUGGACCAUCAAGGGGAGCCAAGUGACUUGUCAGGUCUCAGAGGAUCUCAGCCCCCCAACAGGAGAAAGGACCAGUGUCCUCAUCUCAUGAAAUAUUUACCCAAGAGAGAGAAAUAGGAAGUGGAGAAAUAAUGAAAAUGGUGUCCUUGGCAGGAUCAUGAGGUCCUAAGCCACAGGAGCAGGAAGGACCAUGCUAUGCAGCCCUCCCCUUCCACCCUAGUUUACAGAGAGGAGUAAGAGCCCAUCUCACACUGGCUCCAUUGGACAUCUUUGCCUCGGAAGUGCCAGUCUUGGCAGCACUGGCACUGGAAGCCCUGUCUGCGACGUGCUGCCCCAUGAGCCCUUGCCUGGGAGUGCCAACCAACUUGGCUAGUCGGGACAAAAGUUCAGGAAGAAGUGGAGGUGCCUGAUGCUGAAGCAGUGGUUCAACAACCUGUGGGUCUUCCUGGAAGAGAGGUGAGACAGAUGGGCAGAGCCAUGCUGGCAUCUCUCCUUCCCCUGAAAUAUGGGUGGUGAGCAGACCUAGGUGACUGUUAAACUGGGAGGGCUGGGAAUUGCCCAAUCAGGGAGCAGCCUUUCCCAGUCAUUUCUCUUCUGUCCUGUGCUGUGAUGUGAAUCCAGAUCUAAGGUUGCUGUUGCUGCUUCAAGCCAGGGCAAGGGCCACAUGUUUAUGCUUGUGAGAGAACAAAUGUGGGGGCUGGGGUUAUGGCUCAGUGGUAGAGUGCUUGCCUAGUAUGUGCGAGGCACUGGGUUCAAUUUUUAGCGCCACAUAUACAUAAAUAAAUAAAAUAAAGGUCCAUCAACAUCUUAAAAAACAAAAAGAACAACAACAAAUGUGAGGGUAAAGGUAGGUCUUUUUUAAAGUAGAAUGAAGGUUGUGAAGAAUUUAAUUUUCCAGCCCUUUCUCCUAGCAGAUCUGGGAGAAUUUUGUAGUUUUGCAGAGCUAGAAUCGACUCUGUAGGAAUGGGCUUGUUUUCUGAGAGUGGUUAAACAAGGUGCCCUCUGAGGGCUAAUGGGUGGAUCAGAGUUGGAUAGAAAAGUGUGGUUCUGCAGGACAUAAAGCUGAUAGAAAGGCUGGGAUCCACAAUCCAGUUAAAAUAAACCCAAGCUCAUUGAGUUCCUCCUAAGUCUGCUGUUGUAGUGGUGCUAUGUCUGUGGGGUGAACCAUAUAGACAUUGAUCUCUGCCUUCAAGGAGCUCACAGUAUGCCAUGAAGCUAGAUUUUGAGUAAAUGAUCUGCAAAGAAAGUGUAGGUGCUGUGGGUGUGUGUGUACUGUGUGUAUGAGUGGGGAGCGUGACCAGGAGGAGCCUACCUAAAAUAAUCCUUGAAUCAAGAAUCAAAUGGUGUGUAUGUAGUGUGGGGGUAAUUGGCAAGACUAAGUCCUCUGUCAUUUGGUUUUCUGGGAGUAGUGGCCAAAGUCACAAAAUAGGGCCAAAGAUAUAGGCAGCCUAUCCACAUAUUAAUAUCUAUUCCUGCCUUUAAAGGGGGGAAAUGAAAAACCCAGGGGAUGUUUGGAGGAAUUGGAGUAUAUAGUAGGCUUUUGCUGUGCCCCGCUCUUGAAUUCCUAGUGCUAUGGCCCCACAACUCCAGGUCCCUGUCCUGGACAGGCAUAUCUCUGCUGAAUUGUGGUUCCCUCACCACAGACAUUCCCACCACAGCCAGAUGGUGGCCAGUACCACCUGACUGUCUCUCUGGACUUCUGCGUUCUUGGGACUGGUGGUUGCUUUCCCAACAGAGACAUCCCUCUUGUAGCAACUGGAGGAGCCAGGCCAAGACCUUACUUGAAGGAUUGCCAUUCCCGCACUCCACACUUUGGUCUGGUCUUGAUAAGCCCAACCCAGGAGAGAAGACAUCUGAAGAAGAAGCCCAGUGGUGAUUCUUCUCCUCCUAACAAAUGACCUGGGUUAUCCAACAGUGUUGGGAGGGGAUGUACAGUUUUGUAACAUAAUGAGUUGUAUGAAAAUAAAUUGUAAAUGAAUGGUAUGAAAUAA